GUCGAAAAAGUCCAGGAUGGUGAGGAACAGAACUUGAGGUACAACAACACCUUGUACAACAAGGCCUUACACCAGGCUGCCACAGCAGCUGUUGCAGUGCUGCGGGGUCCAUCCGGUCCCGUGGAGAAGGCUGCCCGGAGAUUGGAGCUGGAAUUUGGGCGGGGCAUCUUGAGCAGUCAGUACUCGAAGUUGAGCAGGCUGUUAUCGCUGACCAACAAGCUCGCAUCUGCUACCAGAAACGCUGUAGACCUGACGGCCUGGAUGAUCGACUCCUUGACGCUGGCCCUGCACAUGAACAUGGUCACGCCAGCUAAAUGCACCGAGAAGUUUCUGGAUCGAGACCGGAAGACAGGCGAUGCUGGCUUUUGGUUGUCGCGCAUGCUGGUGGUGCAGGUCUUCGAUUAUGCAGCAAAGCUGGCGAACAAGUUGCCUGAGCCGGACAAGGUUAAGCUGACAGGGAUUUUGGCUGAACUCCGUUGCCCUUCCACAUGUUGGGAGAAAUAUCUCUGCCAUGCUGAUGCUGAUCAAGGGGCUGCUGGAGAGGACGACAUGGACGGCGAGGACCCAGAGGACGUGGAGCGCCCUGUUCCGCAGUCCAAGAUUGGAGCUGUUAAAGAGGGUUUCAACAAAGCCAUUGGCAUGCUUUUGGAUUUGCUGCUGGAGCUGAUGUCGGGGAAGUACUACAAGGAUUGCUGCAUGCUGGCUUCGAGUGAAGAUGGCCUUGCAAAGGCAUUGACAGCUGCACAGCUUGGAAGCUCGGAUGACACGGAGCACGAGGAGCCAUGUGCGCUUAUCACUCAGAUGAAGAUCAUUGUCGACAAGUUCGACAACAGCACGAAGUCCGUUGGUGCCACAUCUGCGGCUCCUGCUCCGAGUUUGCUCCAAAGCCUGGCCAAGGCUUCUGAAGCUGACACACCCGAGGAAUGUGUCGAGCGUGAGCGGCAGUGGAAGGCGGUGCAAACGGAACGCCGCAAGUUCGUGUCGUUCUCGGUACCGAACAAGAUCUCGAAGGACUGCCUAGUCAAUGCGUUCAGAGGUUGCGGCAAGGUCUUCACGCACAAGGGCACCUUAAACUCUUCGCACCGCCUGAUCGUUGCCAGUGCGGAUCUCUUGGCAGAGGCUGGUAACGACCCGUGGCUCAAGGGCACUCCGCCAAGCGAGGAAUGGAAAGAGAUCUGUGCCUUUGCCAAAGACAUUUCUGGGCCCGAGGAUUUCGUCGUACUCUUCGACGGCAGAAUGCGGGAAAUUCGCCGCGUGUCCGAAGACCUCCUGCUGAACCAGCAGCACACCGAGGAGUGCACCAUCGUGUACUCAGGUGGGUGCCCGCCGAGAACUGGUCGCACUCGCCGCGUUCCGCUGGCUGCAAAGAAGGUGGAGACAGGAGCGGUUAAGUUUCCGGUCGCACGCACCAAGAUUCAGACGACGAAGAAAGGCUCCUUCACAGUCUGCGGCGAGGCUUCUACGUACCAAGGCACUUACUCAGGCGUGGAGUACCGUGCGGUUUCUGAAAUGCCCCUCGUGUCUGCAGACACCAAGAAGAAGAUCAUUGCUCCGGCAACAACCGGCGACCUCCCGACACCGCCAGAGGACUGGCAGGAUCGCCACGGCUCCGACGUACCCUUGUUCUGGAACGAGUCGAAGCCGAUAGCAUAUUGGAAUGCCAUCAUUGAGGAGUUUUGCGCGGAGGCAGUGUUUGACCUCACGGCUGGCACCGGUGCUCUGAUGGAGGCUUCUUUGACUGCCGGCAUCGCAUACCACGGGCUUUGCAGCCUCAACAAGGAGCACAUGUCGUGGGUCCAGGCGGUUGCUGAUCGCGCAGCUUGCGGAAUGAUGGCUUUGGAGGGAUCCACUCUUUACUCGGACGAGAAUGCCAAGGCGGUGAAGAAGCAUUUCCCGCACGUUCUGGAGAGCUUGUCCAACCAAGACGACCAGGACGAGGCCUACCAGACGCCUCUGGGGCAAAACCAGUCUCAAGACGGCUUCUCGUCGGUGGCCCCGGGGAGCUUGCGGAAGCAGGCUGUGAAAGACGGCUUGGUCCCCAAGGCUCGAAGGGCCUUCGUCAUCUGGUUCCAGGAAAACUCCGAAGUCAAGAAAGGCGCUCCCAAGCACGAGUUUCUCAAUGAGAUGAAGCAUCUUGGCGCAGUCUGGCAGGGCAUGACCGACAAGCAGAAGGCACCAUUCAUGGCGAGGAGCAAAGAUGAGUUCAUGGCUCAGCGAAGUGCACUGGCCGUUCUUGGCAUCAGGAUGCGGGGCUCCACGACCAGUGCGGGCGGCCCCGACGAGGCGAAGGACCCCCCUGCCGCUGACGAAUCUGGCGGUCGCGUUGGCCCAUUUGAGCUUAAUGGUGCAAGGGCUCCAAUUGGAGGCGGAGCCUAUGGCAGUGUCUACAGUUGCCAGCAUCCGCAAAGCGGCCUUAACGUGGCGGUGAAGGUUUAUCGUGGCUCCGAUGGCCCCGCGGAUUGCAGGCACGAAGUGGAGCAGAUGAAGCUUCUAAUGAAGGCCGUUCCGCAGCAGAAGAUGAUGUGGUUCCCGCUUCUUGUCAGCUCGGGUGUCACGGGCAGACCUUGGCCAUGGAUGGCUACUAGCCUAUGUGGGCCCAGCCUGGCAACCGCACUUCGAAAUCCUGCGGCGCAUGGCAAGCCGAGGACGUGGUCUGUGGCAGCUCAGCUGAGAAGUGCACUGCAGACCUUGCAUGACGCAGGCAUCCUACACUUGGAUGUGAAACCUGGCAAUGUUCUUUGGUGCCCUUGCACAGAUCAGGUGCAGGUGUGCGACUUCGGCAUGAGUGAGAACAUGGCACGGCUCCAGAAGGCUUCUCAGGCUCCCAGGUUCCUGCAGUAUGUCACGGCUGCCUAUCGACCUCCGGAGCUGUGGCCCGCUCGUGUGAAUGGCGAUGGAGACUGCGGUGUCAGAAAGCAGCUGCUGACUGCAGCUGUGGAUAUGUGGGCCUAUGCUUGCGUGGUGUUUGAGGUGGAGACCGGGAAUCCCUUCAUGCCCAAGGGGGAGGCCGGACUGAGAGCGUGGUGCAAGCAGUGGCCCGAGCUGUGGAAAACACGCAGCGACUUAGCCAAUUGCCCCGCUGCAAGUCACACGUGCUGCACAAAGGUGCUUCGAGCCGGUAAAUGGGGGCUGUUUGUGUUGGUCGGCUGUGCUCCAGACCCCGGAAAGCGGCGGUGGCCGGAGCUCUGUCUGAAUCAGAAAUGA